AUGGAGGAUAUGUCGGAGGUGCCCACAGUGGUGGAUACUGCCUCUAUUCUAAGGGUUGUAGCCCUACUACCGGAGGAUGCGGACCUGGAUGUAUCUUACCAGGUCCUUGCUGCGGUUUAUCGUGCUAAUCCCCAGAGUGGAGACACCCUAUCUGAUACCCUCAUAAUGAAGAACAAUAUGCAGAUUUUGACGUCUUUUUUUGUGUUCUCGCUACUAAUGUGUGUGGCUCUCUACAGUUUCCUAAUCGAAUUAAAAUAG